UUCCCAUGUCUAGGGUGGUUUUAUUGGUUCGUAAUUUCUUCCUUCAACCAUCUCAGCUUUUUUCCGACGUCGUUUCGCAUCAAAACGCUUAAACAAUGGCGUUCUUGCUGAACAAAACAGCCAUUGCUUCCCAUUUUCGAUCUCAUUCCCAGACUGAAGAUUCCGCUGCUUUUCCGCGCCGUCGAUUCCACGUUGAACCUGGGCCUCGUGAAAAAGCUCUCUUGGCCGAAGAUUCAAUUCUGAAACCCUUCAAAUCAUAUAAGAAGAGUGUAAAAAAGCUCAAAAGAAUUGGAGAUGUUCUGACAGUUGUUGUUGUUGCAGGAUGCUGUUACGAAAUAUAUGUUAGAGCUACACGAGAAGAAGCACAGAAACAGUAACAUUCUGAAGUUUCUUGAUAAAGCGAAUAUGGGAGUUAGUUUUGUGUUUUGUUGUACUUUGGUGGCAACAAUUCGGACUAUUAUUGGCCAUUUUAGAAUAAGUGGAAAAAUAUUUGAACCAAAUUGCAUGUGAGUUAUUAGUUUUUUAACCAUUUCAGAUAUGCUGUGUGAUGAUUACAAUUUCGUGGUUUUUGUGUGAGAAACAGAUAGGACUCGUUCAACCGAGUUUUCCAAGGGGUUGGUUGUGACGAUUCUAUGAGAUGUUUAAAUGCAAUUCUAUAAUCAGGCUUUGCCUGAAGUGUUAAUUGUCUGAUAAUCAUAUUGAAGGGAAUUGUAAUGUGGUGUUGGCCAAAUCAUUUUAAUGGGAA